AUGACUGGAACUCUUAGUCUACAUUAUCAUCUUUAUGCAGAUCUAUGCCGCCUACCCACUUUUGCUAUUCACUUGGUUCAACUUCUCGUCUCUUCCUCCCUACAGCUCCAUGCGGAUUUGGGGCUCCGAUCUUCGGUAGAUCUGCUUUCAACACUCGGAUCGCAUUCGGGUCCACUUUUCGGCGAGUCCUCUUUUGGCGGCCAAAUCGGAACUGGCAACACUCAAGGAGAUAGUUUCGACGGGCCGGCGUCAACUGGGACGGCUGGGCUCUUGAAGGCUUGGCAUGCUGAGUCAGGAGACUCAGAGGAAAGACGUGCCAAGCUCUGCUUUAAUGCUGGCUCGCCUGGAUUUGUCCUGAAUCUUGACGACCGGCUCGCAUCCCAAUUUUUGGAGGGGCUUGAGCUCAUCUUCUUUGCGGCCCAAAAAAGUGGAAUUCUCCUCUUCAUGUGUGUCCUUUUCCGCUAUACCGAAUUCUCUUUUAGCAUAUUCUUUUUGUUUAUAUGUAGCCUUUUGAGACUAUCAGUAGAUGAUUUAUUCGAUGUGUAUUCUCCCCAGUUUGUUUAA